AUGGCCUCGUUUGCGAGUAAUACCUUUUCUCACCAAUUAUAUGCGGCUUUCCGGCCAGCAUACUCAACACAGCUCUACUCCGCCGUGCUUGCAUAUCAUAGAGGUCCAUCAAGGACAGCCCUUGACUUGGGGACAGGCCAUGGUUUAGUCGCCCGCGAGCUCAGUCCACAUUUCCAGCGGGUUCUCGCCAGUGAUCCAUCGGCAGGAAUGAUCCAAGAGGCACGUCAGUUGUCCACUGCUUUUCCCAACAUAACUUUCCACCAAGGAAGAGCCGAAGAGUGUCCUUUUGCUGCAGAUGCGCAAGUAGACCUAGUAACCGCUGCGCAGAGCGCGCACUGGUUCGACUAUGCCAAGCUGUGGCCGGAGAUGCGAAGAAUUGUUCGAUCCGGAGGCACGCUGGCUUUCUGGGGCUACAAGGACCAUGUGCUCGUGUCCUACCCCAGAGCAACCAAUAUCAUUAAUGAGUAUGCGUAUGGGCAAGAUCCUUGGCUGCUGGGAAGCUACUGGCAACAGCCUGGUCGGAGUAUAGUGCAACAGAAACUGCGAGCUGUUCAGCCGCCGGUCGAGGACUGGGAAGAUGUCUCUCGUGAUGAGUACGAGCCUGGAGCAGAGGGAGGGACACGGUUCAUGCAUGCGAGGAUGACUUUGGGGUCCAUGGAGGAAUACGUCAGAACAUGGAGCUCGUUUCACGCAUGGCAGAGGAAAUGGCCUGAUAGGACGAGGAGGGCUCCUGGGAAUACCGAUCAACGUGGUGAUGUUAUUGAUGAGAUGAUGGACAAGAUUCGAGAAACUGAACCGUCUUUCCAGCGAGAUGAUUGGAAGGAUGUGGAGGUGGACGUUGAAUGGGGGAGUGCGUUGAUAUUGGCGCGGAGGAGGUAG